UGUAUGUCUGUGUGUGUGUCUGUAUGUGUGUGUGUAUGUGUGUGUGUGUGUUUCUGUGUCUCUUUGCAGAGGUUGCCGGUAGCGCCCCCACGCGGCGCCACUUUCACAUUUUCGUGACGUCAAUUCAGCACUGGGAAAGAGACAGCUCCGCCCCCUCUCCAAAAAGAAAAAAAGGGAAAAAAAGAAGCCCAGCGCGCCUCACGUCGCAUGGGUCCCCGGUUACUGAAAACACAAUUCGCCCGCUGGGAUCCAUCCCAUCCCGGUAGCGUGGAGCUCGUGGAUACGGAGGGGAACCUGCCUGAAAACACCGGACACCAACCGGGACCGGAGGGGAGAGAAAACAAACAGCCGACUGUCUCUCUCGUUGUCGCCGAGCCGAGCCGAGCCGAGCCGAGCCGAGCCCACGCCUGCUCCUGACAACGCGGCGGCACCGAGCGGGCAGAGACAGGCUCACGUCCUCAUCUCUCCGUCCACCCUUUAACCUGCCGUGUUGGGGAAACCCCUGAUGAGUGGGACCUGUAUCCAUGAGCCCCGCGCCCCUUCCCCCUCCCUGUCAGGCUUCAGCACCCCCAUCUCAGAACCCCCCUAUCGACGGCUCGAUGGCGACACCCCCGCCUGCACCCCCGAGACGGACCUGACCCCCACGCAGUGUGUCCUCCGCAACGUGCUGUCCAUCGACACCGGCGGACCGGGGGCGCCCUGCGGAAGCAGCCCCACCCCCAGCGAUGGACCCUCGGGCCACUUUGACAACAGCGUGCUGAAACUACAGGAACAUGAGGUCUGCCAGUGUGGCGGCAGCGGCGGCGGCGGGGCCGAGGCCGGGCACAGCCCCGAGGCCGGCGCCGUCCGGAGCCAGUCGGAGAACAUUCGGCUGCAGUCGGGAAGUGGAGGUUUCCUGGAGGGACUGUUUGGUUGUCUGAAACCAGUGUGGACCAUGAUCGGAAAGGCCUACUCCACGGAACACAAGCACAGCCAUGAAGGCCUGCGCGCAGAGUCCUGGGAGGUUCCCUUCGAGGAGAUCUCGGACCUGCAGUGGGUGGGCAGCGGCGCGCAGGGCGCCGUCUUCCUCGGCAAGUUCCACGGAGACGACGUGGCCGUGAAGAAAGUGCGGGACAUCAAGGAGACCGAGAUCAAACACCUGCGCAAACUCAAGCACCCCAACAUCAUCACUUUCAAGGGCGUGUGCACUCAGGCGCCCUGCUACUGUAUCCUGAUGGAAUACUGUGCCCAAGGCCAACUGUACGAGGUGCUGAGGGCAGGGCGCAAAAUCACCCCCUCCCUCCUGGUCGACUGGGCCAUGGGCAUCGCGGGCGGCAUGAACUACCUGCACCUCCACAAAAUCAUCCACCGAGACCUCAAGUCCCCCAACAUGCUGAUCACACACGACGACCUGGUGAAGAUCUCCGACUUCGGCACCUCGAAGGAGCUCAGCGACAAGAGCACCAAGAUGUCGUUCGCCGGCACCGUGGCCUGGAUGGCGCCGGAGGUGAUUCGGAACGAGCCCGUGUCGGAAAAGGUGGACAUUUGGUCCUUCGGCGUGGUGCUGUGGGAGAUGCUGACCGGAGAGAUCCCGUACAAGGACGUGGACUCGUCGGCCAUCAUCUGGGGCGUGGGGAACAACAGCCUGCAGCUGCCCAUACCCGAGAGCUGCCCCGACGGCUUCAAGAUCCUCCUCCGGCAGUGCUGGAACUGUAAGCCCAGGAACCGUCCGUCUUUCCGUCAGAUCCUCCUUCACCUGGACAUCGCGUCAGCCGAUGUGCUGUCCACUCCGCAGGAGACCUACUUCAAGUCCCAGGCUGAAUGGCGGGAGGAGGUGAAACAGCACUUUGAGAAGAUCAAAUCCGAGGGAACUUGUAUCCACCGACUCGACGAGGAGCUGAUCAACCGACGCAGGGAGGAGCUCAGGCACGCCUUGGACAUUCGCGAGCAUUACGAGAGGAAGCUGGAGAGGGCCAACAACCUGUACAUGGAGCUCAGCGCCGUCAUGCUGCAGCUGGAGCUCAAGGAGAAAGAGUUGCAGAGGAGGGAGCAGUCGUUGGAUAAGAAGUAUCCCGGCCUGUUCAAGCACCACAGCUCCAGACAGGGCAGCUCCUCCAACUCCAUGGACAAACUCAUCAAGAAGAGGAACGUCCCGCAGAAACUGCCCCCGGGAAAGAGGCCAGACAUCCUCAAGUCUGAGGUCAUCAUUCCCAAAUUGGACUCCUCUGUAAUGCAAGUCACCAUCCCGGCCUGCCCCAGCAGGAGCUCCACUUCUCCCAGCCGCUCUCGGAGGGUGAAGACCCGCCAUCGUAAGCCCGGUAAGGGCAGCAGCGGUGACCUGGCGGGACUCAAGGCGAACCAGUCGUCCCCGAACAGGGACGCGACGGCCCAGGCCAACAGCUCGACCACGGGCGCCUCCAAGCAGCUGCUGGAGCCGCCCGCCGCCCAGCAGCAGCCGCCGCGGCAGCUCUCCUCCUCCAGCCCCGACCUCAUCUGCACCACGCUGCAGGCGGAGGCCCAGGGAAAGGGGGAGGCGUUGGCGGGUGGGCUGGAGCGAGGGGGCAGCCUCAGCGCCUCGGCGGGUUUAGGGGGCUCGGAGGUGGGCGCGGCCGGCAUGGACGACCUCACGGAAACUCCUCCGCGCAGCGACACCCCCAGCGAGGACGCGGCGUCGUUCCCGUUCUCCAGCAGCCCGGACUCGCCGUGCGGGAGGGGGGCGGCGGCGGGGGGACGCGGGUCCCUGGGAUCCCCGCGCCUGCCCCACGACGGCGAGGACAAGGAGGAGGGAGCCGGCGCUGUGAGGUUGCCCCGGGGGGCGUCGGGGGGAAUCGGGGGUCAGCACCUCACACCGUCAGCCAUCCUGUACAGGGCGGCUAUCACACGCAAACAGAGGCGUGGAGUCUCGUCGGAGGAGGAGGAGGGCGAGGUUGACAGUGAGGUUGAGUUACCACGGAGACGGCGACCGACCAGCAUCACCAAGUGCCAGUCGGUGUCGACGUUCAGCUCGGAGAACCUGUCGGUGUCGGACGGCGAGGAGGGCCACACCACCGACCACUCCCACAGCGGCACGCCCGACGUGGUCAGCACCAACACCGACGACCGGCUGGACGACCGCAGCGACGACCUCCUCUCGCAGGGCUCGGAGAUCCCGGCGGACAACACGGACCCGGCGCAGGCCUCUCCCGACGGCCUGUCGGCGAGGGACGGAGCGCCGGGCCACGCCAAGGCGCCGCUGGAGGCCGGGCAGAGUCCCGGCGAGAGUCGGGCCCUGUGCGACGACUCGGACUGCGACAGCGCCGAGCUGGACCAGUCGGGCAGCGGCGAGCCCAGCCGACCCCCCAGCGCCGGAGCGUGUGUGCCGCCGUCUCAGUCCUACCAGGGGUCUCCGCACCCGGGACCUCCGUAGAUCACCGGACCCUCCAGCAACCGCCACGUGGCGUCUACACACCAAUCUGUCGCCAGUGCAGCACCACCACCGUCGCCACGAGGGAUUUCACUCCUGCUCCUGCACAUCCACCGGUGUCCGGCAAACCUCCGUCACGCGACACAGGGCAUUCGUCAUAAUCAUCAAGAUAUCUUGGCAGCUUUUGACAUCUGAUAAAUGUCAUUUUUAGGUUCAGUAGGGUCGUUAAAUUUGUAUUUAUUUUCUCUAUAGGCCGAUCAGUUACCACGGUAACCUUAGCCACUGCUCCAGUUCAGCAAAAACUCUUCUCACAGACGCUGCGCACGACAACACACUCGUAGUCCUUUAAACACUCUAACCCUCACCACACACACACACACACACACACACACACUAAUGCAUCGAAUACUAACGAAUAAUAAUGUAAAUAUCCGUGUUCCAUAUCCACGAUGAGAAAUAUCUAACUUUAUUUUAUUUGUAAGAUACAAAUGUAAGACUUAAAAAAACGAUAUGCAGCCCACGUGUGAACAAACAAACAAACGCAUGAACUAUACGUGUUUAUGAUUUAUUAGUCUGAAUGUGUCCCGUUUUAUAUUUUGUGAAAGUUUACACUUUUUUAAUUCCUGAGAAGUAUUACUUGAGUUCUUUUUGGUUUUUUGGUUAAUAAAUGUCAGCACUUAAGAAGAAAAGAAAGAAAAAAUGAAAAAAAAUAAGAAGAAAAAAAGUUCAAAUGGAAUGACAGUCUGACCCAGGCACAUGGAUCAUGACGCAUCAUAAUAAUAAUUAUAAGGAUCAGAAUAAGUGAAAAUAUUUUUUCAAAUCCUCCUAUUUACUGAGUUUCACACGUUAAACGCACGUGUGAGGUUUUUAUUGAGCCUGAAUAGUUGACGAUGGGAUGGAGAACCAGCUUGAACUGGUUCAGUCUGAUGAACAGUCCUGCAGAAAUCCCUCGUUCAUGUUUUUAUCAUUUUUAUUGAAAGUGAGACAUUUUAGAGGAUGUCGUUUUUCAUGCAGGUCGAACUGUAGAGGUUUUAUUUAGCCUCACAUCAAUGGUUAAAAAAAUAAUAUAUAGAAACACGUGUCGGUAAAAAACUGUUUCAGCUAAAAACUGAAGGUUUAGAACCUUCGUGAAUUUUGGGGAUUCGUUGCAGGACUCGCGUUCGUCUUUAGCAGCUUGUACCUAAUAAAACGACUACUUGAGAGGGAACCGUUGUCAAACCGCUGGUUUGGAUUGUUACAGGUUGUCUUUUUAUAUUUGAAAGGCAGUGAACGUGUUUGUAGAAACACUUUAAAGGUGACAUAUUCCGCUUCAUAUUCAGGUUCAUACUUUUAAUCUGGGUGACCAAUUGAAAAGGAUUACAUGCUCUAAUGUUCAGAAAAGGCAUCAGUGUUCUCAUACUGUCCAUUCCUGCAGCUCCUCUUUUCAACCUCUGUGUGAAUCGCCUGCAUUACUUUUUAGCCCCGCCCCCAACUCCCGAUAACCCCCCAGUCUGCUCUGAUUGGCCAGCUGGACCCAGUCUGUUGUGAUUGUUAAAACGCGUUCAGAAACGUGUAGGAAAUGCCACGCCCCCUUUACCAGAGAAGUGGAGAUUCUCAUAUUGCAGGCGGGGUUACAAACUGUGAAAACACAGUGGGAGAGAGUUCUGAACCAGUUGUGAUUUUUGCAUAAUAUGUCACCUUUAACUAAAUGGAUCGGUUCUCCUCUGGUUCUAAAUGGAACUGAACCCCUCUUUUCUUUCUUCAUUGUCUGAGAUUCAUUUUCAGACUUUGGUCCCAACUUUUCUUCUUUUUUUUUUCAUAUGGUGCUUUAGUUUCUCCCUUAGACUUUUAACAUUGGUGUGUAAGACAAAGGAGGAGUUUUCUCUCUUUAGUAAACAAACCAAAUCCGAGUCGUCACGACGCCGACAGGCUUCAUAAAAACCUCUGACUUGUCCCUUCAACCCUUUAACGUGACUGCAAGAGAAGCCGGAUGAAGGCGUAGAGAGCACUUCUCUGUGGUGACUGUAGUGGAAACAAUUAAGUAUCCUUUGGGUUUUAAAUAGAAAUGUUUUUUUGUUUUUAUACAGCAUUGCGCACAUUGUAUCUGUAACAUAGGGAGUUAUAUCAAAAAAGAAAAAAUAUUAUGAGCAACAAUAAAUAAUGCAUUGGUUAAAAAAAA